AUGAAUCUGAGCAAACGACUAGCUCAAAAGGCUGUCAAAGGUUGGAUUCACGGAAUUCGUACUUUUCAUCAGUUCGAUCCUUUGGCAGUGAAUCGCAUCAGUUGCCGUAAAACAUCCAGUAGCUCAGACUCAAAAACAUUCGCACUUUAACACGUUCUUCCGCGGUUUCUUCCUCUUCUCAUGCUUGCAAAACCAGGCUUUUCUUAUAAUUAAAAUAUUAACAUUCCAGUACCGAUCUAUUAACACAUGUAUCAAUGGAAAAUAGCAUAGAUCCAAG